UCGGCGGGCCCCGGCUCGACCAUGGAGACCGGGCUGCUCCCCAACCACAAACUGAAAGCCGUUGGCGAGGCCCCCGCUGCACCGCCCCAUCAGCAGCACCACCACCACCAUGCCCACCACCACCACCACCACCAUGCCCACCACCUCCACCACCUCCACCACCACCACGCACUACAGCAGCAGCUAAACCAGUUCCAGCAGCCGCAGCCGCCGCAGCCACAGCAGCAGCAGCCGCCGCCACCGCCGCAGCAGCAGCAUCCCACUGCCAACAACAGCCUGGGCGGUGCGGGCGGCGGCGCGCCUCAGCCCGGCCCGGACAUGGAGCAGCCGCAACAUGGAGGCGCCAAGGACAGUGUCGCGGGCAAUCAGGCUGACCCGCAGGGCCAGCCUCUGCUGAGCAAACCGGGCGACGAGGACGACGCGCCGCCCAAGAUGGGGGAGCCGGCGGGCAGCCGCUAUGAGCACCCGGGCCUGGGCGCGCAGCAGCAGCCCGCGCCGGUCGCCGUGCCCGGGGGCGGCGGCGGCCCAGCGGCCGUCUCGGAGUUUAAUAAUUACUAUGGCAGCGCUGCCCCUGCUAGCGGCGGCCCCGGCGGCCGCGCUGGGCCUUGCUUUGAUCAACAUGGCGGACAACAAAGCCCCGGGAUGGGGAUGAUGCACUCCGCCUCUGCCGCCGCCGGGGCCCCCAGCAGCAUGGACCCCCUGCAGAACUCCCACGAAGGGUACCCCAACAGCCAGUACAACCAUUAUCCGGGCUACAGCCGGCCCGGCGCGGGCGGCGGCGGCGGCGGCGGCGGAGGAGGAGGAGGCAGCGGAGGAGGUGGAGGAGGAGGAGGAGCAGGAGGAGCAGGAGGAGCAGCGGCAGCGGCAGCAGGAGCCGGAGCUGUGGCGGCGGCGGCCGCGGCGGCGGCGGCAGCAGCAGCAGCAGCAGGAGGAGGCGGUGGCGGCGGCUAUGGGAGCUCGUCCUCGGGGUACGGGGUGCUGAGCUCCCCGCGGCAGCAGGGCGGCGGCAUGAUGAUGGGCCCCGGGGGCGGCGGGGCCGCGAGCCUCAGCAAGGCGGCCGCCGGCGCGGCGGCGGCGGCGGGGGGCUUCCAGCGCUUCGCCGGCCAGAACCAGCACCCGUCGGGGGCUACACCGACCCUCAACCAGCUGCUCACCUCACCCAGCCCCAUGAUGAGGAGCUACGGCGGUAGCUACCCCGACUACAGCAGCUCCAGCGCGCCGCCGCCGCCGUCGCAGCCCCAGUCCCAGGCGGCGGCGGGGGCGGCGGCGGGUGGCCAGCAGGCGGCCGCGGGCAUGGGCUUGGGCAAGGACCUAGGCGCCCAGUACGCCGCUGCCAGCCCGGCCUGGGCGGCCGCGCAACAAAGGAGUCACCCGGCGAUGAGCCCCGGCACCCCCGGACCGACCAUGGGCAGAUCCCAGGGCAGCCCGAUGGACCCAAUGGUGAUGAAGAGACCUCAGUUGUAUGGGAUGGGUACUCACCCCCACUCCCAGCCACAGCAGAGCAGCCCAUACCCAGGAGGCUCCUACGGUCCCCCAGGUGCACAGCGGUAUCCCCUUGGCAUGCAGGGCCGGGCUCCAGGGGCCCUGGGAGGCUUGCAGUACCCGCAGCAGCAGAUGCCACCGCAGUACGGACAGCAAGCUGUGAGUGGCUACUGCCAGCAAGGCCAGCAGCCAUACUACAACCAGCAGCCGCAGCCCUCGCACCUCCCGCCCCAGGCACAGUACCUGCAGCCGGCGGCGGCGCAGUCCCAGCAGAGGUACCAGCCACAGCAGGACAUGUCUCAAGAAGGCUAUGGAACUAGAUCUCAGCCUCCUCUGGCCCCUGGAAAAUCCAACCAUGAAGACUUGAAUUUAAUUCAACAGGAAAGACCAUCGAGUCUACCAGACCUGUCUGGCUCCAUCGAUGACCUCCCCACGGGAACAGAAGCAACUCUGAGCUCAGCAGUCAGUGCAUCCGGGUCUACAAGCAGCCAGGGAGAUCAGAGCAACCCAGCGCAGUCUCCUUUCUCCCCACAUGCAUCACCUCACCUCUCCAGCAUCCCUGGAGGGCCGUCACCUUCUCCUGUUGGCUCUCCUGUGGGAAGCAACCAAUCGAGGUCUGGUCCGAUCUCCCCUGCGAGUAUUCCAGGUAGCCAGAUGCCUCCGCAACCACCUGGAAGCCAGUCAGAAUCCAGUUCCCAUCCUGCCUUGAGCCAGUCACCAAUGCCACAGGAAAGAGGUUUUAUGACAGGCACUCAGAGAAACCCUCAGAUGUCUCAGUACGGACCUCAGCAGACAGGACCAUCCAUGUCGCCUCACCCAUCUCCUGGGGGCCAGAUGCAUCCUGGGAUCAGUAACUUUCAGCAGAGUAACUCAAGUGGCACGUACGGCCCACAGAUGAGCCAGUAUGGACCCCAAGGCAACUACUCCAGAACCCCAACAUAUAGCGGGGUACCCAGUGCAAGCUACAGCGGCCCAGGGCCCGGUAUGGGCAUCAAUGCCAACAACCAGAUGCAUGGACAAGGGCCAGCCCAGCCAUGUGGUGCUAUGCCCCUGGGACGAAUGCCUUCAGCUGGGAUGCAGAACAGACCAUUUCCUGGAACCAUGAGCAGCGUCACCCCCAGUUCUCCUGGCAUGUCUCAACAGGGAGGGCCAGGAAUGGGCCCACCAAUGCCCACUGUGAACCGGAAGGCCCAGGAAGCUGCCGCAGCUGUGAUGCAGGCUGCUGCAAACUCAGCACAAAGCAGGCAAGGCAGUUUUCCUGGCAUGAACCAGAGUGGCCUGGUGGCCUCCAGCUCUCCCUACAGCCAGUCCAUGAACAACAACUCCAGCCUGAUGAGCACCCAGGCCCAGCCCUACAGCAUGACGCCCACAAUGGUGAACAGCUCCACAGCAUCUAUGGGUCUUGCAGAUAUGAUGUCUCCCAGUGAGUCCAAAUUGUCUGUGCCUCUUAAAGCAGAUGGUAAAGAAGAAGGCGUGUCCCAGCCUGAGAGCAAGUCAAAGGACAGCUAUGGCUCUCAGGGCAUUUCCCAGCCUCCAACCCCAGGCAACCUGCCUGUCCCUUCCCCAAUGUCUCCCAGCUCUGCCAGCAUCUCCUCCUUUCAUGGAGAUGAGAGUGACAGCAUUAGCAGCCCAGGCUGGCCCAAGACACCAUCAAGCCCUAAGUCCAGCUCUUCCUCCACCACUGGGGAGAAGAUCACGAAGGUCUAUGAGCUGGGGAAUGAGCCGGAGAGGAAGCUGUGGGUCGACCGUUACCUAACGUUCAUGGAAGAGAGGGGCUCCCCGGUGUCCAGUCUGCCAGCAGUGGGCAAGAAGCCCCUGGACCUGUUCCGACUGUAUGUCUGCGUCAAGGAGAUUGGAGGUUUGGCGCAGGUUAAUAAAAACAAGAAGUGGCGUGAGCUGGCAACCAACCUGAACGUUGGCACUUCCAGCAGCGCAGCCAGCUCUCUGAAAAAGCAGUAUAUUCAGUACCUGUUCGCCUUUGAGUGCAAAACUGAGCGCGGGGAGGAGCCCCCACCUGAAGUCUUCAGCACCGGGGAUUCGAAGAAGCAGCCAAAGCUCCAGCCGCCAUCUCCUGCUAACUCAGGAUCCUUACAAGGCCCACAGACUCCACAGUCAACUGGGAGCAAUUCGAUGGCAGAGGUUCCAGGUGACCUGAAGCCACCAACCCCAGCCUCUACCCCUCAUGGACAGAUGACUCCCAUGCAAAGCGGAAGAAGCAGUACAGUCAGUGUGCAUGACCCGUUCUCAGACGUGAGUGACUCAGCGUACCCAAAACGGAACUCCAUGACUCCAAACGCCCCAUACCAGCAGGGCAUGGGCAUGCCAGACAUGAUGGGCAGGAUGCCCUAUGAACCCAACAAGGACCCUUUCAGUGGAAUGAGAAAAGUGCCUGGAAGUAGUGAGCCCUUUAUGACACAAGGACAGGUGCCCAACAGCGGCAUGCAGGACAUGUACAACCAGAGCCCCUCAGGGGCCAUGUCCAAUCUGGGCAUGGGACAGCGGCAGCAGUUUCCCUAUGGAACCAGUUAUGACCGAAGGCAUGAGGCUUACGGACAGCAGUACCCAGGCCAAGGCCCUCCCACAGGACAGCCACCGUAUGGAGGACACCAGCCUGGCCUGUACCCACAGCAGCCGAAUUACAAACGUCAUAUGGAUGGCAUGUACGGGCCUCCAGCCAAGCGGCACGAGGGAGACAUGUACAACAUGCAGUAUGGCAGCCAGCAGCAGGAGAUGUAUAACCAGUAUGGAGGCUCCUACUCUGGCCCGGACAGAAGGCCCAUCCAGGGACAAUAUCCCUACCCCUACAACAGAGAAAGGAUGCAGGGCCCAGGCCAGAUGCAGCCACACGGAAUCCCACCUCAGAUGAUGGGGGGCCCCAUGCAGUCAUCCUCCAGCGAGGGGCCUCAGCAGAACAUGUGGGCUACACGCAACGAUAUGCCUUAUCCCUACCAGAGCAGGCAAGGCCCGGGCGGCCCUGCACAGGCCCCCCCUUACCCAGGCAUGAACCGCACAGAUGAUAUGAUGGUACCUGAGCAGAGGAUCAAUCACGAGAGCCAGUGGCCUUCUCACGUCAGCCAGCGCCAGCCUUACAUGUCAUCUUCGGCCUCCAUGCAGCCCAUCACGCGCCCACCUCAGUCAUCCUACCAGACGCCGCCGUCACUGCCAAACCACAUCUCCAGGGCACCCAGCCCCGCCUCCUUCCAGCGCUCCCUGGAGAGUCGCAUGUCUCCAAGCAAGUCUCCCUUCCUGCCCACCAUGAAGAUGCAGAAGGUCAUGCCCACAGUCCCCACAUCCCAGGUCACCGGGCCCCCCCCACAGCCUCCACCAAUCAGAAGGGAGAUUACCUUUCCUCCUGGCUCCGUAGAAGCAUCACAGCCAAUCCUGAAACAAAGGCGAAAGAUUACCUCAAAAGAUAUUGUUACUCCCGAGGCGUGGCGUGUGAUGAUGUCCCUUAAAUCGGGUCUGUUGGCUGAGAGCACGUGGGCUCUGGACACCAUCAAUAUUCUCCUCUAUGAUGACAGCACCGUCGCCACCUUCAAUCUUUCCCAGCUGUCUGGAUUCCUGGAACUAUUAGUAGAGUACUUUCGAAAAUGCCUAAUUGACAUUUUCGGAAUUCUUAUGGAAUAUGAAGUGGGUGACCCCAGCCAAAAGGCUCUUGAUCACCGUUCAGGGAAGAAAGAUGACAGCCAGUCCCUGGAAGAUGAUUCUGGGAAGGAAGACGAUGAUGCUGAGUGUCUUGUGGAAGAGGAGGAGGAGGAAGAGGAGGAGGAGGAAGACAGUGAAAAGAUAGAGUCAGAGGGGAAGAGCAGCCCUGCCCUAGCUGCUCCAGAUGCCUCCGUGGACCCCAAGGAGACGCCAAAGCAGGCCAGUAAGUUUGACAAGCUGCCCAUAAAGAUUGUCAAAAAGAACAAGCUGUUUGUGGUGGACCGGUCCGACAAGCUGGGCCGAGUGCAGGAGUUCAGCAGCGGGCUCCUCCACUGGCAGCUGGGUGGUGGCGACACUACCGAGCACAUCCAGACUCACUUCGAGAGCAAGAUGGAGAUCCCUCCUCGCAGGCGUCCACCUCCGCCUCUAAGCUCCACGGGUAAGAAGAAAGAGCUGGAAGGCAAAGGUGAUUCUGAAGAGCAGCCAGAGAAAAGUAUCAUAGCCACCAUCGAUGACGUCUUGUCUGCCCGGCCAGGGGCUCUGCCUGAAGACACCAACCCAGGACCCCAGACCGACAGCGGCAAGUUUCCCUUUGGAAUCCAGCAGGCCAAAAGCCACCGGAACAUCAGGCUCCUGGAAGACGAGCCCAGGAGCCGAGACGAGACGCCGCUGUGCACCAUCGCGCACUGGCAGGACUCACUGGCCAAGCGCUGCAUCUGUGUGUCGAACAUCGUGCGGAGCUUGUCUUUCGUGCCUGGCAACGACGCAGAGAUGUCCAAACACCCGGGCUUGGUGCUGAUCCUGGGAAAGCUGAUUCUGCUGCAUCACGAGCAUCCGGAGAGAAAGCGGGCGCCACAGACCUAUGAGAAGGAGGAGGACGAGGACAAGGGGGUGGCCUGCAGCAAAGAUGAGUGGUGGUGGGACUGCCUCGAGGUCUUGCGGGAUAACACCCUGGUCACGUUGGCGAACAUUUCCGGGCAGCUAGACUUGUCUGCUUACACAGAGAGCAUCUGCUUGCCGAUCCUGGACGGCUUGCUACACUGGAUGGUGUGCCCGUCCGCAGAGGCUCAGGACCCCUUUCCCACUGUGGGGCCCAACUCAGUCCUGUCGCCGCAGAGACUUGUGCUGGAGACCCUGUGUAAACUCAGUAUCCAGGACAACAACGUGGACCUGAUCUUGGCCACGCCUCCAUUUAGUCGUCAGGAGAAAUUUUAUGCUACAUUAGUUAGGUACGUUGGGGAUCGCAAAAAUCCAGUCUGUCGAGAAAUGUCCAUGGCGCUUUUAUCGAACCUUGCCCAGGGGGACACACUGGCGGCGAGGGCAAUAGCUGUGCAGAAAGGAAGCAUUGGUAACUUGAUAAGCUUCCUAGAGGACGGGGUGACGAUGGCGCAGUACCAGCAGAGCCAGCAUAACCUUAUGCACAUGCAGCCCCCACCUCUGGAACCCCCUAGUGUAGACAUGAUGUGCCGGGCGGCCAAAGCUCUGCUGGCCAUGGCCAGAGUGGACGAGAACCGCUCGGAGUUCCUUUUGCACGAGGGUCGGUUGCUGGAUAUCUCAAUAUCAGCUGUCCUGAACUCUCUGGUUGCAUCUGUCAUCUGUGAUGUACUGUUUCAGAUUGGGCAGUUAUGACAUCCGUGAAGGCACACAUGUGUGAGUGAACAUUAGAGGGUCACAUAUAACUGGCUGUUUUCUGUUCUCGUUUAUCCAGUGUAAGAAGAAGGAAAAGAAAAAUCUUUGCUCCUCUGCCCCGUUUACUAUUUACCAAUUGGGAAUUAAAUCAUUAAUUUGAACAGUUAUAAAAUUAAUAUUUGCUGUCUGUGUGUAUAAGUACAUCCUCUGGCGGUUUUCUGUUUCUUUUUUUUUUAACCAAAGUUGCCGUCUAGUGCAUUCAAAGGUCACAAUUUUUGUUUGUUUGUUUGUUUGUUUGUUUUUUCAUAAUUUUUUUCAUGUUGUAUUGCAGUCUUUGGGAAGUGAAUUGACUUUAUAAAGAAAAACGUUUUGGCAAAAAGUGCUAAGAUAGAAAAAUGUCACCACACUGGGUCAAAAACGUGAAAGGAAAAAUUGAUUCUUAAAUUGAUUUCCUAUGAAUUUUAUUCUUCACAGAAUGAUAAAAGCUAAACUGCACCCCGUCACCCAAAGCUCUGUGCAAUAGAAACUUCUAGAGAUAUAGUGUAGGGGCUGAAGGAGGUAUGGCAGCAGUAGUCAGGGUCAAUGAUACUGCUUUCUCCACCGGAAAGUGGUUACGUUAGGCCUCGAGCAAAAAACAGCGCUCUCAGAUAGGUGCAAAAAUCCACUCCUAGCAGCCAACAGCAGGAUCGCUUCCUCACCACGACCGCCAUGUCUGCUGUGGCUCAGCCUCCACGGGACAAAGCUUCAAGAUUUCUUUCAUCAUUUUUUUAAAUAUUUUUUUUACUGCCUAUGGGCUGUGAUGUAUAUAGAAGUUGUACAUUAAACAUACCCUCAUUUUUUUCUUCUUUUCUUUUUUUCUUUUUUUCUUUUUCUUUUUUUUUUUUUUUAGUACAAAGUUUUUAGUUUCUUUUUCAUGAUGUGGUAACUACGAAGUGAUGGUAGAUUUAAAUAAUUUUUUAUUUUUAUUUUAUAUAUUUUUUCAUUAGGACCAUAUCUCCAAAAAACAAGAAAAAGAAACAAAAAAUACAAAAAAUAAAAACAAACAAAAAAAGAGGGUAAUGUACAAGUUUCUGUAUGUAUAAAGUCAUGCUCUGUUGGGAGAGCGGCUGAUCCCAGUUUGCUUCAUGAAUCAAAGUGUGGAAAUGGUUGCAUACAGAUUGAUUUAGAAAAUGGACACCAGUACAUACAAAAAAAGAAAAAAGAAAGAAAACCAACUAAAUGGAAGAAACACAACUUCAAAGAUUUUUCUGUGACAAGAAUCCACAUUUGUAUUUCAAGAUAAUGUAGUUUAAGAAAAGAAAAAAAAGAAAAAAAAAGAAAAAAACUUGAUGUAAAUUCCUCCUUUUCCUCUGGCUUAAUGAAUAUCAUUUAUUCAGUAUAAAAUCUUUAUAUGUCCCACAUGUUAAGAAUAAAUGUACAUUAAAUCUUGUUACGCACUGUGAUGGGUGUUCUUGAAUGCUGUUCUAGUUUGCCUAGCAUGGUUGCCAUAGUAACCAAGUUAUUUACAGGAAAUAGGGAAGAUGUAACAACUGCUUCCUGGUAAUGAUGCCCAAAGGCCAGAAGGGACUUUCAGGGUUUCCUACUUGAGAGUGGGAGCAACAAUUUGAUUUUCUCAGAUUGUUUAGCUAAUUAGGUCUUCUUUGAAGCAAUUAACUCUGGUGACAUUGAGAAGUGGUAAUUCCCUCAUGGAUGGGUGGUGGCUGCCAACCCACUGUGACAUGGGGCCCUGCAAGCUAACUGGCCUGAAACCACGACCUUCUGCCUCUCACUACUGAUUUAACCCAAGUCUGCACCCGUCAUGUUUCUUCUGUGUGCCUCCAAGUUACUCUGCGUUAGUUUGCUCCAGCGUGUAUAAUAUUUAUAUUGUGCAAUGUUAAAGAGAACGUGUCAUAUUGUAUGCCGUGUGUAUAGUGCCAAGUGAUGAUUCUGUUUCAGAGCAUACCUUCCUUCCUGCCCAGUCCCUGGCUCUCUAAUACCCCACCCUGAUGGAAAGUGCUUCUUCCUGGGUAAUUGACUGUUACUGUGUAACGCUCAGUCUCAUUGAAACUUACAUAACCAUGCUGCUGGUGCCCCUUCCUACCCUACCUCUCUCAGCACUCUUCAGUUGACACUUCCCACACCUGUCACUGUGGCCCACCUUGCUCACGCUGACAUCUGGAAGAGUUAGACAGGAGCACACACUUACAACACUAGGAGAUGUUAUUCUGGUGUCACGAGAAAGAAAUUGGUUUUUCCUGCAAACAGUCCCAUCACCAAGCAGCCCCCACAUCAGGUCAGCAAAAAGAUCUGUGUUGAAUCAAAACUCCAUUUAUAAUUCUACUAGAUGGGAAUACAUCUGCUUACAAAGGACAGAUUUUAGUGUUCUGUGAUGAAAAUAUGGAGAGUGCAAGAGAGAGUUCAAUGGAAUCCUAAUCUUGCUCUUGCAGACAAUGAAUGAAAGGUAUAGACAGGCUCAGUUCCCUGUCAGAAGAGUGGUCUCAAAGACAAGUGGCUGUAUAGCAGCCAGGCCCAGAACAGCCUCGCAGCACACACUAACACCAAGCGGGUGUCUGAGCUCUCCUAGGAAGCCUUGUGCCUGCCCUCCCUCCAUUCACCCAGAUCCGACUCCUGGAAGCCCACGAAAGAGUCACCCUUUGCUUCACAUUUCCUGACGAUACCGAGUUGCUGCUCUGUCCUAAAAAUAUUAGUUCUUUUCCAGGGCUUUCAGAAAUUUGCAGGAUGCCCAUACUCUAAAUGUGUACCAAAAAGAGAGAGAAAUAAAGGUGCGAAGAAAGUUUAGUAUUUUGGAAUGGUGCGAUAAAAUGGAAUCUGUUGGUUUUUAAUGUAACAUAAGAUACUAUUGGCUGGCACUGGCUAAAAAAAAUAUCUAAGUGUUGGAGUUGGAUGCACAAUCAACUUUUACUUAGCUAUUCAAAGAGUACUUAUGUUUUCCAAGUUAAAACAGACUUGUUUUUGACAGGGGCCGUGGGUGGUCUUAUACAAUGCCAGCUCCUAACUGCAGCUUCUGAGAACUGGAUAUCGUUUGCCCUGAGAGCUGCCCGUCUCCAACUAUGUGCUGCUGCUGCCCUGUGUGCUCAGCCCACAAGGAUGUGGAGACUGGAUAGACAACCCCUUGCUUCUUGCUGGGUUGUGCUGAGUUCUUUGCAGUCCAGUCAAGUGCCCAGAGCUACCAGCCUACGUCCCUCAUGCAUCCAAGAGAAAUGAUCUUGACUAUCAUGAUCAAAACAGCUGUAGUAAUAUUUCUAGUAAAUAUUUCUGAUGACUCUGUGUAAUCUCCUACAACAGGACACUAUUCAUUAACUUGACAGAGACAUGUGGGCAUGUGGUCCUGCUUUAGUUUAACAGACAAGUCAACCAGUUCUCAUUACUUAGGAAGAGUGAGGCUAUGUCUGUUACAAUCCCAAUGUGGUGCUUGCCCUUAUCCAAAGACAGUCCGGGGGCCCUGUCUGCCUGAACUAUGUCUCGCUCCCUCUUGGGCUUCCCACUGGGAUGUGAAAAGAUAACCAAUGGCUCCCAGGUUCCCAGUGCCCCCCAAACCAGUAAUCAGGUCUGGGACUACAGAACCCGCAAAAUCAUACACAGGCUGUUUCAAAGCCAGUACUCUCUUUAUACUCCUGCUUCCUCCAGCCCCCAUUUCACACCCCACCCAAAUCACAAGGUCCUCUGAAGUCUCAGAACUCCAAAUUAACGUUGGGAUUUACGAUGUGAAUGCUGAGGAGAAAAUUGGGAGUUGGUGGGAGAUCACCAAAUUGUCAAAACUAUGAAACUCAUCUGUCUUCCCAAAUCUGACCUCAGGGACUUGGGGGGUUCACUCUGGCUUCUGCCACAGUAUUUUCUGGGGAACCAAAGGCCUCGGGAAUAGAGAAACAGGUUGCCGGAUAUCCUGGAAGUCUAAGCCAUACUGACCAGUUUGUCUUGAGUGUUUUCUUUGUGAGCCUGGAACUGUCCCCGGACCCCUUUCUUUUAAACAUGGUUCAGGACUUUAAAAAAAAGCACUGUAUUUUUUUUAUGUAAGCCAAGAUGCCCUCCCUAGCAGAGAUAGCGUUGAACUGUCUCUAGUUCUGUAGCCUGAGAGACUUAAAUCGUUUAACUUCAGUGUCUUUGUCCACUCUGUUGAACUGCUAAGGAUUCUAUUGAAUGUGUUCUUUGCGGCUUUGGAGGAGUUGCUGGGUGUGUAAGUCCUGCAUCCCUUUGCCUGGUAUGUGUAUAUUAUUCCUUUGCCUGGCUGUGUAUCGUUCUUCAGUGUAAGUACACCCACACUCUGUAUUCCUUUGCCUGCUCCCCGCCCCCCCACACACACACAUCCUGCAUAGUUUUAAAAUAAGGCCUGAGAGACUGUUUCUAUUUCCUGUCAUAGCUGGUGACUUUUAACAGUUGAGGCGAAUGGCCUGUCACUUGCCUGGGUUCCCGUCAGGGGUGAUCCAUGGAACUCCUCAGUGGAACAGAAUUUAGGACAGAAGAUCCCACCUUCCUUCCAGGCCUGGGGAGAAUCAGACUGUGAGAUAAACCAUGAUGCUGCCCAAUCCCACUGCCCCACCUUGCUUUUAAAAUAAAGUGCCUCCUAACGUC